CUUUUAGCAGAUUCGUAUUAAAAAGAUAAAAUUAACUUGCACAAAGUCCCAUUUAAAAGCGGAGUCGUGAAUUGCAAAUGAUAAAAGUGAGAAUGCUCUGGCUUUUGAUUGUGUUGUUCUAUUCUUCAACAACCUCAGCUCUACAAUGUCUCAGCUGCCAGAAUGUCCCUGACAAACGAGACUGUCACAAUCUCUUGACAUGUGGCGCACACCAGGAAUGCUACACUAACCGUGUUAUUGAUGGCAGUAGGAGAAAUCUCUACAAUUUAGGAUGUGUAGAUCAAUAUGCAUGCAGUCAACUUUCCCAAAGUGGACUUGGGAGGAGGGAAAUGCGUUCUGCAUAUUCUGAUUUGACAUUCUCGAAUUCUGAUCACAAACGUAGUGUUAUAACUACUUGUUUCCAAUGCUGCAAUAGCUCGGACGGAUGUAACUUAAACACGUGUGGAAUAGCUCUUAGUCCAUGUGCAGCAAAUCCUUGCGUUCACGGCGCAUGCUCAGAUGUAAGCAAUACAGACUUCCGGUGCACUUGUCAUUCUGGAUAUAUUGGUCGGUUUUGUGACUUUAAUGCGUAUGGCUCCGUUGCACUAGCGAUGUCGUCAACAAAACCAACAUCAGCAGCGCCAACGACUCAAACAACAACAGCGUUUCACAUAGAUUCAUGCAUUUAUAACCCUUGCAUGCGAGGUCAAUGUUCUCCAUAUCAGAAUACAUAUAGGUGUACAUGUGAAGCUGGAUUUUGGGGAAGAAAUUGUGAAAAAGCAGCAUAUACAGCUCCACAGGCGACAACAACACAUGCAAGUCCCACGACUCAUAAAAAUUCUGCAAUUCUAACGGUGACAACAACACAUGCAAGUCCCACGACUAAAAAUGCAGUUUGUGCGUACAAAGGACAGCUUCAUUAUCAAGGUCAAACAUGGCAAGAUGGAUGUAGUCAGAUGUGUACAUGUACAGACGCCGAGAACGGAUUGUACUCGUGCAGAGCAGUGUGCUUGAACUGGACCUCGUUACCAAGUAUUUGUCAUCUGGAAGAUCCAGUACCAGGUUUGUGCUGCAAACAGCCCAGGUGUCCUAGUGGUGUCAUCAUCAGCAUUCCAAAAGCAUACAGACAUCAAUAUCCAGGAUACACAUAUGUUUAACCAAGCAUACGUAUAUAAUUGUUAUGUUGAUUGUAAAUUUUGAAUUGGAGUUUUAAAAUUUAUGUAUUUCCUUAAUCAUUGUAUUAAAAACGGAAUGCGAUUAUGGCUGAAACAAGAAUUUUAUAAGGUAAUAAAAUAAUCAACAUAAUUGU